GCCCGGAGCCAAUCAGCGUGCGGCUGUGGGACCGGCGGGAGAUUUGACCUCAGCCCGCCCCCUCGUGGGAGGGACCGGGAACGCGCGCACCAGGCUCAGCUCACCAGGGCGGUGGGCGCGGCUCCCAGGGACGGGGCCUGACCAGAGCCCCGCCCUCCUGGCAUAAAAAGGCGGCCCGGCCGCCUGUCGGCUCGUACACAGCGGGAUGGACGGGAUGGACGACUUGGACGGAGGUCCUGAGGGCGGGGCUCCCUGGAAGAGGAUGUCUAAAGAGGAGCUGGAGAAUCAGUACUCCCCCAGCAGAUGGGUCGUCCGACUGGGAGCAGAGGAGGCCUUGAGGACCUACUCACAGAUAGGAAACGAAGCUGGCCCAGAGGUGCCGCAGGUGCAUCUGCCCUAUUUCAUUGGUGAAGAAGCUACCAAGAGGGCCCAGGCCACCGGGAGGAACCUGCUCGAUGUCCCCUAUGGAGACGGCGAAGGGGAGAAACUGGACAUCUACUUUCCUGAGGCAGUGUCUGAAGCCUUGCCGUUCCUCGUGUUUUUUCAUGGAGGAUACUGGCAGAGCGGAAGUAAAGACUCGUCAGCCUUCAUGGUCGGCCCACUGACAGCACAGGGAGUGGCUGUGGUGAUAGUGGCCUAUGACGUUGCCCCCAAAGGCACCCUGGACCAGAUGGUAGCCCAGGUGACCCAGAGCAUCGUGUUUGUCCAGAAACAGUAUCCAGGCAACCAGGGAAUUUACCUGUGCGGACACUCAGCUGGGGCUCACCUCGCCGCCAUGAUGCUCCUGGCCAACUGGACCAAGCAUGGAGUCACGCCCAACCUCAAAGGCUUCUUCCUGGUGAGUGGGAUCUAUGACCUGGAGCCUGUCAUGCACACCUCUGAGAAUGCCUCUCUCCUCACAACCCUGGAGGAUGCUCAGAGGAACAGCCCACAGUGGCACCUGAAGACAGCCCCGACACAGCCUGUGGAUCCAGCCUGCCGCAUCCUGGUGACUGUGGGCCAACACGACAGCCCCGAAUUCCACCGACAGUCCAGGGAACUUCAUCAGACUCUGCGCCGAGGAGGGUGGAAAGUCUCCUUUGAAGAGCUCCAUGAUGUGGAUCACUUUGAAAUCCUUUGGAACCUAACCCAGAAGGACUACGUGCUCACCCAGAUUAUUUUGAAAACAAUCUUCCAGGAGUCCUGAUGACACCUGAAGCCCCACUGCCAGCAUGCACCCCGACUUGUGAAACUUCUCCCAAGAGCCCGACUGCUCCCCAUUCUUGCCGGCCUCAGUUUUCCCUGUGCCCAGCAGCGCCUCUGUUUGUCCACCCACCCCGGCCAGGGUCCAUUCCCCUCACUGCUCUGAACACGAGUACAAAUCUCCAUGGCCUGCCCCUGGCCUGGAUCGAGCGGGUUCCAGGGAAGGUCUGGCCCAGGUCCACGCCAUGUGUGAUACCCAGAAUCUGGCCCACAGUCUGCUGAGAGGGUGAAACAAAAGUGACAACUCCCAACCAAAAUGAAGAGUAAGAGCUCCCCAAACCAGUUUUUGUUCUGUGUUUUUGUUUCACUCCUUUGUCUGGGCUCCACCUGACGUGGGCUUCACCUGACCUGUCUGGAUUUGUCCCGUAAAGCCCUGGGAUUUUAUCCUUGGGGUUAACACCUCGACUGACAGGACAGUGACAUCCACAGGUAGAACACACUUCCUCUGCCACUCCCCCCCACACACAGGGGUGUGUGUGCAUUCAGUUCCCAAGGAGCCAGCUGGGUCCACCCACCAUCCACCACACCCCUCUCUCGCCCACUCUGAAUAGCUAGCAGUUCAAGAAUGAUUGAUGAUAGCGAAAAUAGGUAAUAGCCUGAAUAUUCAUCAGUAGGGACUAAGUACAUCUGAGCAGCCGACCAUCAUUAGAAAGAGGUCUGUGGGUUUUUUUGUGUGUUUUUUGUUUCUUUUGCGGUACGCGGGCCUCUCACUGUUAUGG